GGCACAUGGGGGAGACUGGGGGCACACUGGAAGCUCUGGGAAGGGGCGGAGAGCCACUCGAGACCCACCUCUGCUUCCAACCACCUUAACUCUGCCAGCAGGAAGAAUGGCACCCCGUGUGGUCCAGCUCCUGUUCCUCCGGCUUGUUCUAGAGCCAGCUUUGGUCGAAAACAUCCAGCUACAGCUCGCUAUCACGAACUUCCGUACCUUACAUAUCGACUAUCCCAAGGUUAACUACGCAAAGCGUUUCCGGGGCUACUGUAAUGGUCUGAUGUCCUAUGUAUGGGGCAGACAACAAAGCUGGUAUUGCCCAAAGAUCCAUUAUGUCUUACAUGCCCCGUGGACAGCCAUCAAGAAGUUUUGCAAGUACAGCGAGAGCUUCUGUGAGAAUUACAAUGAAUAUUGUACAGUCACCCAGGACUCCUUCCCCCUCACAAUCUGCUCCCUGAGCUCCAAGCAGCCACCCACCAGCUGCCACUACACCAGCACCCUAACCGACCAAAGGCUCUAUCUGCUCUGCUCCCAAAAGUAUGAUGCUGAACCGAUAGAUAUCAUGGGUCUCUACUAGGGAUGGGACAUGUUAAGUCUGAACUAGCCCCCCCUACUGCCGCUACAGACCAGCCUGUCCCCACUCCUGAAGCUCUGAUCCCUGGUACAAGGCUUCCUUCCUGGCUUCAGAUGUAGGCAGGAUCCCCUCCCAAGAGACCAGGGAGAUAGGAAAUAUGUCCAGAGCUUUGGUCACCAUGCAAAUUUGUACUGUCUUCUAGGCUCUUUCUAACUUGUUUAUCUCCCCCUAUCACUCCUGCCACCACCCUCCCUCUCUCACAGACAGUUUCACCCACCCAAGAAGCUGACUGUGUCCAGUUGGCAGUGACAGUCCAUCUACUGGGCCAGAUCCUGUAUCGUGGCUGGAGGCCCAGAGCCUCAGCUCACACCAUGGUACCAGUUCCGAGUCUCAAAUCCCCUUCCCUGCCACCCUUCCCUUCUCAGUCUUCCCCAUUUCCCUUAUGAUUCCCUCUACUCCCUCACCCACAUGGUAGGUAUCUCCAGCUAUAGGAACCUCCCUGAGCGUCUUAGAGUCAUAUUAGCUUCAUUUCUCCAGGCCACGCUCCCUCCCCCGAGCUCUCAGUCUGUUCCUCUCUAUGGAAUCACUGAUUUCCUUUUCAUGUAACCUGUCCUUUCUGUCCUCCUUCCACCACGGAGCCCAUUGCAGUCUCUUCCCUACACACCCAACCUCUUUAGUCACCCUUUAUUCUUCUCUGACCUCUUUUCCUUCCAUCCGUCUC